AUGUAUCAAAGUAAAUUCACGCUGUUCUCUGCCUUCCUCACGCUACUGUUGAGUCUGUGUGUGCUCUUCCUCUCUGGAGGGGCCAGUGUUACUCUCACCCUGGGCCUGGUGUCCUGGUGCAACACCGUUACAGACCACAACACCAGAUCCUACAGUUGUGCUGAGUCACAGUCCGUUCCUCUUUAUCUGGACGUUGAGACAUCCUCUUUCUACUCUGAGCUCAAUUGUGCGCAGAUCUCUCUGUGGUGUGUAACGGCUCUGUGGUUGGCUCACUCUAUUCUGUCCUUCCUGAGGCUCUAUCAUUCCCACAGUCAGCAGAUUAGCGGACCGUGUUUAUCCAGGGAGAAGGAACUCCUCCUGGGCCAAACUCAAGUGGAGUGUCCCAUUCAUCAUCCGCAUCCACACUCGCACCCUUCACACACUCCCAGUGUUUUUAUCUAGCCGUUUAUUUAGUGUUCAUAGAAGUUGCACUUUGAGGUUGAUCUAAGGCCAGUUUUAUUGAUUGGAAAGAAGCAACAAGAAGACUGGUCCAAGAUUAGCGUAAAAGGGAAUUUUACUUCUAAUCUAAACAGAAAACCCCACACGUCUCAUGCAUGUUACACAAAGAAUAACCUCAGUAAUCAGAAUUAGCCUGGGUUUUAUCUAUUCGUUACUUUUUAUGCAUUUGUUGAGACGUUUUUGUCAUGUAGCUUUGUGCUUACAUUGAGGUAAAAUGUCUUGUGUGCACCCAUUUAUAACUUUGCCAUAAGGAUUCUAAUAUAUAUAUAUAUAUAUAUAUAUAUUGCACUAUUAAUGCAUUGCUCUUGCAUAUGCAAGAUAUCAUCUAACUUUAUAUGUUCAGCCAUAUAAUAUAAAUUUUAUGUGAAUGGGAAGGAAAGACUAGCCCGUUGCAUGUGCUGAAGUCUGACCCAUGAUGUUUUGUACUGUGCAUGUAUACGCAUACAGCGUGACUUUUUGCAUACUGAAUGGUACUGUCACUCAAACCAGACAUUCUCUUUCUAAUCCGGUGAAGUUUUCUUAUAUGAAGCUGUUUGUGUUGAUGCAAGCUCCUGGUUUAAAAUCUACUUUUGUUGGAUGUUGCAUUGCUUAAUUUAUGUGAUGAAAAUUCAGAGACGAGGAGAAGCUGGAAAAACAUGAGAUGGAAUGUCAAGAAUGUUGCUCAUCCUUUUUGAAUCCUGAACCUUUGACCUGGAGGAUUGUUGUGAAACACAAACAGCUGAAUAAGAAGCAGGAGGGAAAUGAGAGAGAAAUGUUCAUUUAUGGCUUGGAAAUGUGACGAUGCUUGUGUUUUAUACUGCUGUUUGUAUCCAUUAUGUCCUAUUUAUAAGCGCUUCUCACUUGAGUAAAGGUAAUAGAACAUGGUGUCUUGAUAUUAAGUUGAUGAACUUUGUUGUAUUUUUUUAAACAAAAUAAUUACUAAACUAAAAUAUUCAAACUUAAAUGGCAAAAUCAUGGUAAAAGCGAACAGAGCAAACAAAA